AUGUCUGUGCACUACGGAAAGGCUUCCCCCUUCAGCAUGUCCAAUGCUAUGUUAUUCCUGAUGCUUUGUAAGGUAGGUGUCAAAAGUGCUGCUGCCAUCAUACAUCAGGGGCUUUGACAUUAAACUCAUCCUUAUGUAAAACACUAAAACUUUACUUGUCAUCUGAUUUAAAUGUGAUGACAGCUACGGGUUUAUUAUAAAUCAUGAUGUCUUUUAAGAGUGUUAAAAUAUAUGCAAGCUCAAUUUUUUUUGCACAAACUAUUGAUUAACGUUAAACACUGAGAGCUGGUGUACAAUCCAACCGUCUUCCCUUUAUUAUAUCCUCCAGGAUACACUUUUUCACCCUGAAUUGGAGGAUGUUGUCCACAGGGGAUAUUUCUCAUUACAACCGUGACAGAAAUAUUAAAUAAUUUGCUAUUUUUUUCUAUUAAAAUGAUACAAUUUGUCUGAGCUCUAUGGAGUUUAAAUUAACUAAAAAUAAAGCAAAGUUAACUUUUUUUCUUUUAUUCUAAGUACACAGACCUUUUUAGAGAACUAUACAGAAAUUUUCUUUAUUUUUUGGCAAUAAUAUGCAACUUUUACUGUCAAUUUUUAGCUCCAAGUCUGACAGCUUAAUCUGUAACUUCUUGCAUACUUGAAUUUUUUUGGUGGGGCAUUGUUUUUGUCUAACUAAAAACAAAAAGUGCUCGACAAAUAGUAAUUACUCAAGGCAAUAUUGUCCACUACUUUCUUUUUGCAAAAAAAUAGAUCACACUCAGAUCAUCUCAGUAAACCUGAAAGCUCGAGAUCCUCCCGUCACUGUCUUCUUUUCAGUUUCUCUGUGUACUGUUCUUGAAUAAUACCAGACUGACUCUUUGUGUCUGAUACUCCGGCAAAGUGAGUGUGUGAUGGGCGUCAACCUGUGUGAGCGAUUGUGAACCAUUAAGACCAUUUAAGAGUUGUUUGCUUACACAAACGCCAAAAAGUGACUCCUUGUUAGGAUCUGCAGCAUCGUUUGAAAUGCUCAGAUUUAUACACGUGUUUAAAGGUUUCACACUUCUGUCAAGUGUCCUGGUUUGUUGUCCCAGGUAUGGUGCUGCCCCUUUUUAUCACCCUUCUAUCUUUUCCCACUUUUGCUGUCUGAUCUUUUCACAACAAGGAAAAGGAAAAAAAAACAGCUUCUGGCUGUUGCUGUGUAAGCGAACAGCCAGGUGUGAGCUUGCCUAGAAGAGGAAAAACCCUUAAGGACAAGUUUUUUAAUAAUGCAUGAGAAUGUGUUGAUCCAGGGAUGCCAUAUAGAUCGUAUUAAAGUUUGACGUUGACAUGCAGUAUACCAGCUGAUGAUUAACCACUGAGGGAGAAGUUAAGAUGUUAAGUGCUGGAAUCAUUGAAAACAAGCUCUUGAGUGACAACAGGAAUCAAUGCAGAGAUAAGUUAAUCCUCUGUACCUCAGAAUAGCACAGUCAAACAAGUAAUCAAUAAGAGGUGGAGAAGUGGAUUCUGAGGACUGUAUCUUCACUUGAUUAAUAAUCCUUUCAUUGUCGUAGUCUGUACAUUUGAUUGACUUUAUAUCUACUUUGUCCUGGAUUAUGACAGCUCUGAUCUCUAUUAUACAGUCUGCUCUAAUAUACAGACACAGAGUUGUUAUAGGGGGUUAACGAUUAUGGCUCAGUUGCUGUUGAGCGUUGGAGACGCUGGAUGAGGAGGUACUGGAGGGGGUCCAGGAGGUUCUUCUUAGGAUGUUGACCCAGCACUUAGAUUUUGGUAAAGCAAGGAUAGUGCCUCACCUCUAAUCCUACUAAAAAGUAUUCAGAUCCCUUAUAUGAGGGGAAAAGGCCAUUCUUUAAAUUCCUUGUUCACUAUUAUGAUAAAAAAAAUCUUAAAAGUAUUGAUUGAGUUAAAUUACUUUGUUCUCCUAGCUAAUAGAUCAGGAUUUUUGUAUGAUUUAAUGUAUACAGUCAAGUCUUAGUUAACAUUUACACAGUGACAACUAAACUGAGAUGGUAUUUCAUCAAUGAGGGGUACAUUAUUUUCACAUAGUUAUUUGUUUUUUCUGUUUUUCUACGAUAAAGUGAAUCGUAAAGUUCUAUAUGAAAAAAUUAAUUAAAGAAACUUCGCUUUAGUCAAACCAUAGACGUUAUAAUAACAUGGGCAGCUUCUUUGCCAUGAAGCCAAAACAUUUAAAGCCCCCCCUGGUGGCUGGCUGCAGUAUUCAUCAAUUUCACUCAUGAAACCCACCCUCUGGCAGGAAAGGAAUGCUCAAUGCAGCCCAGAUGGAUAACAGAUGGAUCAUGGGCCAAACUACAAAAUUAAGUUACACAUCAAAUAAAUGGGUAACACUUUACAAAAACCAUAAUUUAUAAAUGGUAAAUAGAUAGUUUAUUAAUAUUUAAUCAUCAUUCAAAAACAGCAUAUACACCAAUUAUAAAUGGCAAAUAGAUAGUUUAUUAAUGUAAGUUAAUAGUUACCUCAUCUAGAUUAAACUGUGUGUCAGUAACACUCUGUAAAUGGUUAAUAUUUUGUUUUUAAACCAUCUAUAAACAUUACUUAGAUGGUUACUGUAAAGUUAGGGUUACGUUUUUAAAAUUGUAAAUUGUUUUCAUGCUGAUUUAUGUACAAGUGUUAAUGUUCAGUCCAGUGGCUUCACCAGCUUGAUUGCUUCUUUGCAUGCAUUUGCUCCAAAUUAUAUCAACACAAUAAGUCAUCUUCCAAGCUCAAGGUGUUUUUCUCAGCUUUUUCAUUUAAGUGGGAGGAAAUGGGUAAAACAACAAGCUUGCAGACAUCAAUGCAAUAACUAUAGAUUUUUAAUUUUUUUUUAAUUAAGAGGUUAAAAGUUAAAAUGUUGUACCAGCAACAUUAUUGCUCUCAGGUAACUGUAUUUCAGUGACUAUUGGCCUUGAAAAUGUUAUUGAAUGGAAGUCUCUACUCCCUCCCCCCUCUCUCUUUAUAUAUCCUCUGGCACAUUUUUUCCUCCUCAUGUUUUUUUGCUUAGCACUUGUUUAUAUCAGCAGCAAGCGGGCGUCUUCAUGCAUGAGGGCACACGCAGCUCACAAUACAAAGAUCUCCAUUCAGGUAGAGGGAAGCCCUGAGUGUAGUCCUCCUCAGGAGAGGCAAUCACAACCCAUUGUAGCAGAUCAGAGGAGAAGAGCGCACUUAAACACCGAAACAGAGUCUGAUGGAGUUUCAUGUACCUUAAGAGCACAAUACAUGACAAUGAUUGGAUUCUGUUAUCACUCAGUCACAGUGUGGGAUAUUGGUCUUUCAAAAAGGACAAUCACUUUCAAGCCUGAGCAAAAAGCUCUUUACUUAUAGAGUAUAAAAGACCAUUUACAUUAAAUUCAAGGUAAUUCCUAAACACAAAAAGCCUAAAAGCACCUUUGACAAGAAUUAAAGAGCAGAAACUCUGGUUCAUAUGUAUUAUUUUUCACACUUUUCCUUAUCUGGAUGAUUAAUCUGCAUGUACAGAGUUUACAGUUAGGAACCUUUUCAUCAACAUUACAACUGAGGUUUGUUUGGUGGGGACUUUUGCAAGAAAUUAAAUGUGUUUAACCUUUUGUAAGAACUCUGUCAAAGUAGAGAUGUUUAAAAAACUGUGAUAAACAGUUUUUUUAUCACUAGUGUUGCCAUUUUAUCAAAGUCUAACUGAGAUUAUACCCUGAUUCUCCUCAUAAAAGGGUUCAGCCUAAGAGGCACGUCGUGUUCCCAGGUAUAACGUUUGGAAAUACCUUUUUGUGAACUUUGACUGCAUCCAAGCUUUUCACUUAGAUCAUGCAGACUAAAUAUAAACCCUCUAACGGGAAGCUGUUCCUCUAACAUGUCUUACAGUUGGUAGUCUACGUAUAGAGCCCAUUGACCUGUAAAAGAUUCACUUUUCUCUUGAGAAGCCUCUGGACACAAACUUGAACAAGCUGCUGUGCCUGCAGGCUAAAACAAAAACCGACUGCUGGUUUUCUAAUACUUCACUCUGGGAUACACAAAUCAAUACAUAGGCACACUUCUAAAAAGUCCAUGAGUCGAAGAAAUACCUCAAUUGAUAGUCCAGUGAAAGAUUUUUCUUUUUUCACUUACAGACCUCAGAAGGAUGCCAAGACUAUUCAUCUGAUGUCCAGCACAUUGAGCAAAAGGAGAGCUUGUAUCAAAGUUCACUUUAAACAAAGUUGAAUCAUUUAGUCCUGUUUUGACCAACUUUUUACUUUCUUUUUGGAAAAAAACUUACGAAAACAAAAAAGAGAAAUCAAACUUAAAGUAAAACCCACUGACCCCGCUUGCAUCACCCUGCUAACAUAUUCAUAAAACCUGAAAAAUAGAUGAGGUUUUUUAAUGCUCGCCUACACAUGUCUUGUUAUUUAUGUCACAGAGGUUGUUUUUUUUUUUUUUGUAUUUUAUAAAAACAACUCAUUGCUUUUCUUUUAAAAUUUUAAUUGAGCCAUCAACCAGAGUGUUAAUCAAUUGAAUCCUAUUUGUCACAAAGAAGAAAAUUAGGGCCUGUGUCCACUAACAGCAUUUUUGGUUACUGUGUACUCUUGCUGGACUCUCAGGUGGGAAGCUUUUCCCUCACUAACAAAUCAAAAUUAAACAGCAAUAAAGAUGAAGGAGAAACUUAUUCUGGUGGUCACUGAAUUAAUCUGCAAUAACACAAGAGGGGACUCAGAUAUCUGAGGGUACAAUUUCCAGGUCUGAGUUGAAAAAUUUUUAAGUAUGCAGAGCAUUUUAAAACAGACUAAUUAGUCACUACAAAGAGAAGCAGCAGUGCAAACCUUCACAGGUGAGAACUGCUUUGAAAUUUAAGUCAUGGAUGCUGUCAGUGCAGAAAGUGCUGUCAGUGGACACAAGCCCUUACGCUACUGAUGUGAGUUAUUCAACUAUCUAUGAUUUGGUCCAAAUAUCUUUAAAUUAUCAAAAAAGGAAAACAAAAUUGAAGAUUUAAAAUUUCCUGCAAGUUUUCAAUCCAGGAAAAUUCAGUGGAAAUUGAUCAAUCCAUUAUGAUUAAAGCAACUGAAGUAUGAUUAAUAACUAUGGUUAAGAGAUGUUAUUAAAUCUCUUGCAUCAUGACAUAACUUUUACUACAUUUCGUGGUCUGCACUGAGGAACUCUGAGGCUGGUGGAUGAUCAUUGUUAGAAAAUCUUCAGCUUUUUCAUCAUUUAUAACUCUAUGUAAAAUACUUUCCUGUAUUUAAGGAUGAAGUCCCUGAAACAGUCGUGGCUCCCUCUGUUCGCAAAUGGUGUGUGUCACUAAACACACAUUAGUUUUGUAUUGCUGGACCCAUUUCAUCUUUUUUUGCCAUUUUCAUCUAUUUUCCUGUAUUUAAUCUUGGUUUCGCUGCACUCUCUUGAAUUAAAGGUUAAUAUAAGGUCAAAAAAGGGGAACUACAGUCCUCACAUUAAUUAUUCAUCCCCUACACAUAUAUUUUUUUAUUUUUUUCAUUUCAAUUAUCGCAGUCCACCAUAUGCCGUGACGAGGCUGCUUUCAAAGACAAACCACAGCAUUUACAGUCACUAAUACAACUUGUGUUUUUCCUUUUCUCUCUUAUCGACUCACUCCAGAUUGGUCUGAGAGAAAAACUGCAGACUUUUCCAGGGAAAAUGGUAAACAAUCUCCACAGUGAUGAGGAAAAGGGAAUCCAAGAUAAGGAAGGCAAAGAGGAGAGCAUCUUGGCCAUGUUGGGCAUCAUUGGGACCAUUCUCAACUUGGUAGUCAUCAUCUUUGUCUACAUCUACACAACACUGUAGAUCUUGAACUUUGACAGUAUACUUUAAACUCUGAGCUCGCAGCGCAGCUGAUACAGCACAAUGUUGCCUGAUCUGGCAACGAGAAAAGGAGGUGCAAGAAAGAGGCCAACCUCCCCUGGGGUUGAUCUGGAUCUAAGACUAUGUGAUCACCAUGCAGCAUCCAUCCUGGUUCUCUUUGAACAUCUAAGACUAUGGGAAACUGGCUUGUUCCUCUCACCUUUACAGGUCGAAUUAACAAGAAUACCCAGUCACCUUUGACUUGUACAUAAAUGCAUGAAGCUGACAAGAGAGGCUCAAAGAAUGCUUAUUUUACCAACAUGGAGACUUCAGAAGCAUGGACACUUUUUAAAGCUAUUUUUCAGACAUUCUGACGUUUUCUGCUUUCUUGAACUCGGUUUAAAAUGAGGAUGUAUAUAGAUGGUAACCACAGGUUUGCUUUUUUCUUGAAGAUUAUCUCAGUGAAACAAAAUGUUUGUCUGUUAAUGAUAUAUUUAAAUUGCAAAUUGGAUGUUUGUUUUUAUACAGUUUUUCUAAUUAUCCCUGAAAUGAUCGACUAUGAAUGGAAUUUGGUGUUGGUAGAGACUAAAUCAACUAGAUAUGUUAUAAAUUCACACAGUUAUCAGUUGUUAAACCCGCAUAUAUUGAUAUAAAAUGUGUCUUUUGAUAGCAUUUGACUUUGUUGUUGUCAAGAAAGGGGCAGGACAGAUCAAAUAGCUUUAUUUAUCAAUAAUUUUUGUUUUCUCCAGGACCAUGGAGGCUAAAAGAAGGAGCAUACAGUACAUUUAUGAGAAUUUGAUUUUAAAGACUUCAGACACAUGGGUCACACUGCAACCUGUCCAAUCCAUAAGUGUACAUAGGAUUUCACAGCUUGACAUCAAAGGAUAAUCCCAGUUUUCACUGUAUUGGUAUCUAUUUGUACAUCAUUCAUUUUAAACUUUGACCUGUGCAUAAUGACUAAAUGCCUUAAAACUUAAGGAAAUCCCUAUUUCCAUGAUGUAUAAAACUAUCAGGUUAUUGGUACUUUGUGGAAGGAAACACUUGUAGUAUAUAUGUGUGUAUUUUAUGGCCUAUAACAACUUGUUUUAUUUACAAACGCUUAUAUAUCGGAUGAUUUUUUUAAAGAACAUUCUCUUGUCUGAAACAACCUGCUAAAUGAUUAAGUUCUUCAGUUUUGUCCUUGCAAAAUUUCUAGACUUUGACAUCUUCUUUUUCUUCGUCUUAAUACUUUCUGUAGUGUAUGACGGCGGUUUGGGCUUCACCAUCUUAAUAAUAUGUGAAACUUAAAUGAUGGCUGGAGCUUUAUUUGUGACUCCUGGUCAUGUCUGGAGGCCUGUAGUUUUAUUUCCCAAGAGAAAAAGGUUCUCCUAAUUUUCUAUUUAAAUGAAAUACUACAAAACACAGUUAGUGUUGGUAAGCUAAAGUCUUUUUUUUUUUUGUUAAAAGGAGAAAUGAAGAACUGACUCAACUGUGACACUUUUUAACUGCUUGGUUUAUGUAUACUUAGUCCAGCUUUGUGGGGAAAAUCCAACCCCUUACCCUAUCCUACUCUCUGUGGGUGACUUCAUCUUUUUUUAUGCAUCAGUACUGGGCUGCAGUACAAACUAUGCCUAGUUUGGACUUAAUUCUCUCUUACACUCAACAAGUGUUUUAGGGGUUCAAUCAACUGAUAUGGAUCCAACAUAAGCAUAAGUAAUAUCUCAAAUCUUACACCUCUGAGUGGAUAUAAAGUCCUCCGUACAUACCGUCAUGGUGUGUCAUUUUGAGAGAUGGGAUAAUUUAGAGUGGGAAAAGAAGCAGAGGAUUUUAAAGGCUGUUUUGUGUCGGUGGAAAACACAUUUUUAGGGAUUGACUACAUCAGUCAAAACGUAUGACAACUUUGAUUUACAGAAUGUUCUUGCUGUUGUUUCCCACAAACAAAGUUAAUAUCUGCAGAAUAAUAGUAGACCGCUGUAUUAACAUAUGCUGUAGUAGACAAUAUCACCACUUGGUUUUAUUGAUUAUCACCUUUUCGUAAAGCUUUGCCAUAUUUUGCAUUACUUCACAUUAAUGUUAAUUGAUAAAUGUGAGUUAUUUUCUGUUUGUUAGUCUGUGUAGAGGUUACUAGGUAUACACCCCAUUUCAUUUGGCUCUAUGAACACAAAGUCCUCAUGCUGAGACCACACACACACACACACGAAAAAAAAAGGUAACACUUUACAAUAACCAUGACUUAUAAAUGGUAAAGCUACGAUUUAUAAAUGGUAAGCAGAUAGUUUUUAUGAAUGUUUAAUCAUCAUUUAUAAAUAGCAUAUAGAUCAUUAAUAAAUUGUAAAUUUUACAACUUUAAAAACCUAACCCUAACUUUACAAUAACCAUCUAAGUAAUGUUUAUAGUUGAUUUAUAAACCACUUAUUAAUCAUUUACAAAGCAUUACAAACAUCAGUCUCAACUUCACAAUAACCAUCUAAGUAUUUUUUAUAGAUGGUUUAAAAACCAAAUAUUAACCAUUUACAAAGUGCUACUGACACAUUUUAAUCUAGAUGUUUUACAACCAAUAUUUAAACCCUACAUAAACCUUUAAUAAAUAGUCUAUUAAUAAUUAUUGAAAAUUAUUAAUCAUAAUUUCAUUGCUUGGUAAUGGUAAAGUCACUAUUAACUUACAUUAAUAAACUACCUUUUUACCAUUUAUAAAUUAUGGUUAUUGUAAAGUGUUACCAAAAAUAAAUAAAUAAAAAAACAAUUGAAGUUACAAACUAACUUGUUUAAUUACAUGGUUUAGUUUGGACUUAACACCCUAACUUUGGACUCAGCUGGUGCAACAGGCCACAGGUGAUUUACUAUAGGCACCACACAAGACUUUCAGCCAUGUCUAGUUUGAAACUUAUCGACAAAAAUGACUCUUCAAAUAUCAAAUUUAAGUCCAUUGUAAGUGACAUAAACUUGACUUUGUACUCAUGUUGUUGCUGGCUAAGGUAUUUACUCAACCUAAGUAAAAACAAAAUGAGUAAAUGAGACUGUUAUACAACACUGACCUUGUGCUGAUAGUUGGCGUAUAAAGUCAACUGAGAAAGAUCAUCAGAUGAAUGUCACCCUGCUUUACAGCUCCUGCUUACUGAAAUUCAUGCAGUCGUUUACAUGAUAUGAUGUCCAUAAAGAUUCUACUUUAAUGUGGACGUGUGGGCUAAAAGAUUCUGGACAAAUUCUGUUUUUGUUUGCAGUUCGAGUAAUGUAUAUUGUCCACUUUGGUUUUAGUUCUGUGUAGGUAACUGCUUGUAGAGAUGGAGAGCAAUCCACUGCAGUCCUGCCAUUUGAUAAUGAUACGAUUCUCAUGUGAGGAGUUCUCAUGUGGCUGUGAAUCAGACUGAUAUUAACAGUGAUGCCUUUUUAUGAAGUGUAAAAGCAAAUGAGACUGUCAGAAACGUGACUGACAAUUCUUAAUAAGUGUAAUUUUAAAUGCCUGAAACUGUUAAGAGGGUUUGAUGAUUGACAGCACUGAUAAAAACUGUUAAUUUUCACUUUUUCCACUGCAAAUAUUCACAGCGGGUGAUACAGGCGACUGUUUACAGAGAGCAGAAGGAGAUUUUUUUGGGGUAAAUGAACCAAUUUUUCCAUGAACAAGACAAGAGAUAUCACUUAAUCCACAGGGGGUGCCAAAGUUGACAUAGUAGCUUUAAUUUUAACUUGUCUAUGAAUAAAUAUAUGUGUUUAAGUGCAGUUAAUAAUCCUUUCUUUGGUUUUGCUGGUUUUCUGUUGAAUACAGAAGUCUCAGCAGGAUGUUUAAAGCCCUUAAAGGUGGUCAAUGAGUGUCAUGACUGCACUUCAGCUGAGCUUCUGUGUAAGAAGAGCACACAGUUUCAAAGUGAAAAGUUGUAUAACAGACUUUUGAGAACAACUCACUAUUGCUUAAAUUAUCAUUAAUGAUAUGAACCCUAAUAUCUUAUCUGACUCUAUCCCUGGGAUACUGUGCAACAAGAAUAUUUCUCAAAAUGUCAACCAACAAAAAAGAAAAACAAAGCUCUUGGAGUUGCAACACGGUUUAUGAAUAUGAAUAUUGAUGCCCAGUAUUGGAGAAUGUAAGGCUCUAUAGACGACAGGUUAUAAAGUAUGUUUAGAUUCAUAGGACUGUAACCUCAUGAUUUCAGAAAGUGCCUGAGAUCAACGUGUCUCAACCUCAAAAAGUCUCAAGGUGAAGGAAAGAAAAACAAGAACCAAUGCAGAAAAACAUGUCUUCUGUUUUACUCCUCUGCCGUCAUUAUGGGACUGGAUUUCUAAAUUACAGUUUAGUUGAUAAAGUCGGCCAUUUUUUUGUCUGAGAUUGAAUGUUUUUUCUGUUUUGGAAGAGAGAAAAUGAAAGCCUGGAAAGCACAUUGACGAGUCUCACGAAUGUAUUCUCAUUUGAUGUAAAUCUGACUAUUCUUAUUAUUUAUUCUUUUUUUCCUGAACAUGUAACCUGAAUUUAUCCACAUGUUUUCUGUAUGUGUAUGCUUAAUCUAUUUAAAUAUGUCUACUGGUCUCUUGUUGUUGACAAAUGGAGGGGUUUCAAGUUUUUUCAGCUGGCUGUUUCAGUAAAAACCUUUAAGAAAUAAUACUUUGGGCUCAUUUAUUGGGAUGGUUUGGCUUGGAUGAUGUAAAGGUGUGGACAUGAGCGGUAAUAAACUGAGUUUUAUGCAAGAAAACUCUCACAACUACACACUAGAUUCAUUCUUCAAUGCAAAAUAUCAUUUUUUUUCAAAAGAGUAGAAGCUGUUCCCUCUUUAGAGAUGAAAUCUUUGAAAAUCUAUUCUCUCUUGCAUUUGACAGCUGUGUGAGAUUACAACAAAGCCCCGAGGAAGAAAACGGAGGAAGAACCAACCCUCACAGAGUCUGCAGCAUUACAUCCUGCAAGACAGAUUUCUCUGUGUGGCUGCAAAUCAAUCUGAAAGAUGGCAAGAAAUGGACAAAGCCACAGAAACCAAAUCUUUCUGA